AUGCCAACCUGGGUCGUUACCGGUGUGUCUCGCGGAAUAGGGUUCGGAUUCCUGCAGCAACUAUCCGCCAACCCAGAGAACUUAGUCGUCGGACUCGUGCGCGAUAAAGCUGCAACAGACGCUCGAGUGGAACAAGAGCUACAGGGGAGAAACAUCCAUAUCUUGCAAGCUGACUUAACUGACUAUGACUCCCUGAAGCGGGCUGCGGAAGACGUUGCUCAGUUGAGCGACAGUGUUGACUAUUUAAUCGCGAACGCAGCCCUGACAUCGCGCUGGUCGACCUUCGAUGGUAUCGGUGUCCUCAUGGAAGAUCCAAAAAGACUGGAAGAAGACCUAAUUCAGCACUUCCGAACGAAUGUUGUCGGCAACAUCCACUUGCUUGGGGUCUUCGUGCCUCUUUUGCUGAAAGGGUCAGCCAAGAAAGUUAUCACCCUUACCACUGGAAUGGCAGACAAUGAUUUUGUCGCUGGAUAUGAUGUCGCGCCAGGAGCACCCAACGCCCUUACCAAGGCCGCCAUGAAUUCUGCGACUGCCAAAUUUAGUGCACAGUAUAGAAAGGAUGGGAUUCUGUUCAUGGCUAUAGCCCCCGGCAUGGUUGACACCGGCGCGUUCACGGAUUCAACCCCCGAGGAGCUCGCUAAGUUGGGUAGCAUGCUGCAAAGAUUUGCGGCCUAUGCGCCAAAUUUCAAGGCUCUCACAGUCGACGAGUCGGUUAGUGCGAUGUUGAGCGUCAUCAAUCGUGCGAGCAUCGACAACGGAUAUGCUGGAGCAUUCGUGUCUCAUAGAGGAAAUAAGCAAUGGCUUUAG